UCAUUUUAUUCCUACAACAAAUAGCAUUACUUUUCUCUGUUGCUCAUUCUAAAUAUAAAAAGUGCCUUCCUGUAGCUGAAUGAAAAACAAUAAUUUAUUUGUAGAGAAACAUUUGGCCAAAAUCAUAGCCUAUGAAAGCAACGCAGCAGAGUGAAUCCUGUCUAUUUUACUGAAGAAAAAAUUAAGGUGACUAAAACGAAAUCAGAAAUGUUUAAUUUCACUUUAUUAGCUGUGAGAGAAUCAUGCACGCGCCCUUUUGUUGUUAUGACUACGGGGUCGUAAUCCGCCAUGUUUUCCCUCCCCGCUGCAGCGUUGCGACAGAGACGGAGAAUUCAAACGACAUGAAUGUGGAAAAUAAUCAUACGGCAGAAACAGAGAAGAACGGCAACGAGACCAUCACUAUUCAGACCACACUAGGAGAUGAAGAUGAUGUGCACAAAUGUGGUCGCUGCCAGUCCGAGUUCUCCACCCUUGAGGCUUUCAUCCAGCACAAACUGCAGCACGGCUGCAAACGUGUGGAGGCUCAGAAUGCUAGUCAGGAUGGCGGCCAAAAGGUCACUGCUGAAAAUGGAAGUUCUUCCUCAGAGGUGAAAAGGGCAGAAGCAGAUAAACCAGUAGUGAUCUCUGAUGAUGAAAUCAGUGGCCAGUUGGGUCGAGGCCACAGGAAGAAAGUGGCCUCACUGAAAGUGCAGUCUGAUCCAAGUGUAAAAUUAGCAUCUCGCAAUGCUGACAGUGACACUCUGUCCCACAGUGUCAAUCAGGAAGGACGUUAUAUUUGUCCCAUUUGUCAAAAGACAUUUAAAACAACAAACAUCUUGAGAACUCAUGUGAAAACACACAGCGACCAGAAGAACUUCUCAUGUGAACUUUGCGGGACCUCAUUUCGCACCAAAGGUUCUCUAAUACGUCACAACCGCCGCCACACUGAUGAGCGGCCGUAUCGAUGUAAUCUAUGUGGACAGAGCUUCAGAGAGUCCGGAGCUCUCACCAGACACCUGAAAGCUCUGACUCCUUGCACGGAGAAGAUCCGCUUUUUUCAGUGUAAUGAAAUAAUAGUCAGGAAGGAUGGAGUGCAGAAAGGGGUUGAAACUAAUCGUGUUGCAGUGCCAGUCCAACAAGAUGUUGUGGUUGUGGAGCAUGAGCCGGAGCCGGAGGAGCAGGAGAUGGAGGCUCAGACUGCUGUAGUCAGCGUGGUAGAAGCUGAUUCCCAAGAGGUCCUACAACGGGUUCACUUCACAGUGGAGGUGGAUGGAACCACACAGGAGCAACAGGUGGUGGUUCAACAGUCUCAGGCAGAAGCUCUUGCUGCUGCCGCUGCAGCCGGAGACAACCUCAUCUGCCAGGCGAUCAUCAAUUCUGGCAUCGCUAUGGAGACGGAGGAAACGGUGUUGAUGGAGGCUUCACCGACCACCGCGGAGGAGAAAAUGGCGUCUGACCAUCCUGAAAGCGAUCAGAGCAUCAUUGAGAUCCAAGUUAAAGAAGAACCGCCAGAGGUGGAGGAGGAAGCAGGUGAUGAACGGGGAUCUUCGAAGCUGUACACCUGUCCUCACUGCAGCCGGUCAUUUAAGGGCUUGAAUUAUUUCCGUUUUCAUGUCAAAGGUCAUUUAGGUUUUAAGCCCUUUAAAUGCAUUCUGUGCCAUAAAGAGUUUCUAACUGGUUAUCUGCUGAAGAAGCACAUGGAGGUCCAUGUCAGUGAGAGGAGGUAUAAGUGUGGGGAGUGUGGCAAGCUGUAUAAAACCAUUGGACAUGUGCGUGAACACAUGAGGGCCCACUCUGAUGAAAGACCGUACCAUUGUGCUAGAUGCAACAAAGGAUACAAGACCAAGAAUGCCUUACAGGUUCACCAGCGGACCCACGGGGAUGUGAAGCCCUAUGUGUGUGAGUUCUGCUUCAGAGGUUUCAGAGAAAAAGGCUCUUUGGUGCGACACAUCCGCCAUCACACGGGAGAGAAGCCUUUCAAGUGCUCAAAGUGUGGGCGGGGCUUUGCCGAACACGGGACUCUCAACCGUCACUUGCGUGCUAAAGGAGGCUGUCACAAGGAAGGUUCUAGUGAACAACACAACGCCACGUCAGAGGAGAAGGCCUCGGUGGACAAGCUCACUACCGCGACUGUCAUCUCAGAUGAUCCUCAUGCUGUCCUAGUGGAGUUCUCCUCAGUGGUGGCUGACACACAGGAGUAUAUAAUCAAGACUGACACCGGGGAGGAAAUGCAGGAAGAAGUCACACUCAUUCCAGACGGCUCAAAUGAGGUGGGAAACCAGAUCAUGAAAGUCGUUCAGCAGAUCGUGCGCCAGUCGCACAGCGCAGCAGGCCACCAGAUCAUCGUGCGAAACAUGGCCGCGGACGAGGAGGGAGCGUCCAUCUCCGACUGCGGCGACACCAUCACCAUCGCCACGCCGGAGAGCCUGACGGAGCAGGUGGCCUUGACUCUCGCCUCAGCCAUCAGCGAUGGCACGCUACUGGCCACGACGGGUACCGUGGAGGAGACGGGGGGAACAGUUACCAUGGUUACUACGGAGGAAGCCAUGGAAGAGGGAAUACAGGUGGUGCAGCAUCAAGAGUAUGUCAUCACGUCUCCGGAGGAGGUGGAGUUUUAGACUUUGGCUUUAUGAUCAGAGAGGAUGAUGACACCCAACUUUUCUGCCUGUUUAGGUUUUUUUAUUUUAUUUUAUGAAUCCAGUAUGAAACUAAAGUCUUCAUAAGGUUCAUCUGUAAAGAAACAACAGUAAAAAUUGGAUGAAAUGAUGAAUGUAAAUGAGGUUGAGUUCGUCAUGCUUCUGUUACUGACCGCCACACGUCAGCUCUUCUGAACCUGUGAAUGUUAUUCUCCUUUGAGAGCCCCUAAAGUCAGCGCUUGAGUGCAGCUUAAGCCGGGCGUACACUGUGCGACUUUUUCACUUUUUUGAGCCGAUUUUCCACUCGUGCGAGAAUCCACGAGAUCGGGGCGAGUUUUGCGCCGAGCGUCGUGUAGUAUACAGGGGGUUACGAGAGGCGAUUAACACCACGUGACCAGCUACCGAUCAGCAAUCGUGAGCUCGCACAAACUUCUGGCGUGUUUAAUAUUUUGCUCGUUCCGCGUGAGGGUAUCGCACUGUUGAAGCGGCGCUGCGUGCAGCUGCGACCCAAAAAGUAUCAGAACCACUCACGGCGCAUGCGCAAUCCUGCAUCAACACCGCUCGCUAUUUCUCUAAUAACACACGUAGUUCGUUUCAAUUUCUACACGUUUUUUUACUCACAAAGAUUGUCAAGAAAGCGUGUUUGUCGUGUUCAUGUCAAAUUAAACUGAUCACAAAACACAGAUUUACUUUCUUUAUUUCGUUUUCCUCAUCCAACCCCCAUAAAUCCCUGUGUGUCCUGCAGCACUCCCGAAGGACAACAGGCAAAACAAGACAAAAAAGUCUGACGUGUUGAGUAAAAACUGCUAUUUUUAGCACAUUUUUAGGGCCGACGUGUUGCUACCAGACGUACAGUGUGAGCAGUCAGGUCGCAUCCGAGAACUGGGUCGUGCAGUGUGAGCGCAUGACUCGUGAGAUCUGCCCUGCGAGGAAGUCGUACAGUUUGAGCUGAAGCUGAGUGCUACGAGUGAAAAAGUCGCACAGUGUCCGCCCGGCUUAACACUCGCAUUUCUAUCACAGCCUGUUUGUGACAUAAUUUUCUGUAAUCUCACUUUUACUCCAGUAAAAAUAGGAAACACUGUAUUUUUGUUACUGCCCACAAUUGCAUAACAUUAUAUGUCCCUCUCUCUGGACUCUGUCAUCUGGCUGGGCCACAGUCACGCUUCAAAACUUUUUAUCUCUAAUCUGAAGUGCAGCGCCCUUAAAAGGCUGAUCGGUGCGCCUGUCUGUCCAAGGCCACUCGUUACCCAGUGUUCCCAUUCUCAGCUGUUCACACAUCAUUCAUCCUUCAACCAGUGUUACACAAGACUUUUGCAUAAAAUAAAUCCUAUUUUCUUACA